AUGUCAGUAGACGUCAAGGACAAAUACCCGAUUGGAAAUAUACCGCACAUCACGUUCGUCCCGUACCUAGUGCCGUUCUCGUAUCUCAUCAGCUUCAUCGGCUGCUUCACAACAAUCGAGCUGUUGCACCGGCGCAUAUCAAGAGCAGGAUGGCGAUCAUGGGCGCAACUGGCAGCAUGUUCUGUGUCGUUUGGCGCAGUCGCUAUCUGGAGCAUGUACACUGCAGGCAACCGCAGCAUUAGCCUUGGACAUGGCGAAGCGGAAAUCCAGUUCUACUACAGCCCCACGUACUCUGCGCUAGCGGGCGUGAUAGCCAUCGUCGCCGUCUUCCUGGGCCUCUCGACAGCCGACAAGUUUUACGAGACAGGCGCCGCGCCUCUGGUUCGCUUCAGUUCGCUUGCUGUGUGUGGUAUCUGCGUCGGGGGUGCAGCCAUGGCGAUGCACUACCUGGGGAACAAGAGCAUAGCUAAUUACAGCAUCUCGGUCAACAAGAUCUAUGUUGGAGGCGCUGCAGCCAUAGCGGUUGUAUUUUCUUCGGUUGGGUUUGGCUUCUUUUUCCACUGGAACAAGCUAUGGAUGAACAACAUUUGGAGGCGCAUACUUGUGUCCGGCUUCCUCGCUCUAGGCGUUUGCGGGAUGCACUGGACAGUGGUAUCGGUAUUUUCCUUCAUUCUGUGUAUUGUCCUGGGCUUCAGCAAGCAACGGCAGCGGAAAAAGGAAAUGACCAGGGCACAGGAGGUCGUAUUGGCUGUUUCCAUGUUCGAUUCUGCAGGGAGGUUGCUGGUAAGUAAAAGCGGCCUCAUGCCCUGCCAGACCAUCACGCAGCAUUUCAACCAAGGCGUCUUUGACGACGACUUCAAUGCCUCCCACCAUGUGUUCCAAUGGAUCUUCAGAGUCACAAAGAACUGGGCUAGCAUCAAAGACGUCAUUCCGUCCAUGCGUAGGCAUUUGCAAUCAGCCGGAUACAUCCACGAGGAUGCAGCUGGACUCAAUCGCUGUAGCUCACUACUCGAGUAUGAUGGCUUGAAAUCCUCGGUCAUGUUCCGCGAACUGUUUUGCGUCACAGCCGACGAGAUAGCGACAUCCCUCGACACAGGCAUCGAGAAUCUGGGCUCCCUAUACGAGGAUGUCUUGGUUACUGGUACUUUUACGACCCGUAAGACAUGGACGGGCAAGCGCCGAAGCAACAGCAUCACAGCCGAGGACGUUUCUACGAGCGACUCAGAGCUGGGGAGGGAGAAGAAGGUUGUUUUCGGCAAGGGCCAGAUGCUCAUACUGACGAAAAAGGUGGAUGCAGCGGAGGUGACCCGCCUACAGCAACUUGGCUACAGCUUUGCGGGUAUCGAGCAAGUCAGCGAACACAUUGCCCGCAGCCUAGAGAUCCCCCGCGAUGAGCUCGAGAAUCUCGUCAGUCGCCUAGACGCAUUUAGUGAAAGGCAGUACUCUGUACCCAAAACAGGGGCCUACCUCGCCUCUUUCCUGAUACAAGCGAAGCCGGGCAUGAAGGAAAUGGACGUCAUUGUACCGCGAGCGGCUCCAGGCCAGUUGCCCAUGGUCGAAUUGGACGACGAGCAGCUUGACAGCGAACAAAUGAGCACCCUCGCCAUGUUCGACGGAUUCACCUUGGAUGAGUGCCUAGCGCAAAUUGACAAGUCAUCCGAAGCGGAAAUCGAAAAGGAUUGUUUCCUAAAGACAUUUGGGCAUUGUAUUGAUCAACUCCUGCGGGAAUGCCCGGAGGAGGCGCUACAUCACGCCGUGUUUUCAGCACUACCCCUCGACAUGGUGCCUGGUCAGCCAGAGGUCAGCCAGGCAAAGGUAUACGCUUUCUGCGGUAUCAAGGAAAUUUACGUGCAGUCGCUGCAGAGUCUGACACUCAAGACGAUUCCGUUCUCUUUCCUCCGGACAUACCUCAAGACACAGCCAGGAUGCGCCGAUCACGCCAUACUGGCACAGGAAAUCAACAAAGAGUUUGGCAAACUCCAGCGAACCCAUGCCGACGCCAAAUUGGCGCGCAAUGGCUGCGGCUUCAAGUGGCGAUGGAGCAAGCGCGACAAGAGCCCAACGUGCAACGACCGCAUCUCCAACACAGACACGGGAUCGGACAAGGACCUCCUGGUGUACCGGUACAGGUUAACAGGGAUUCGCAAAGUGACUUCGACGUAUUCAUGGAGUGGACUCAUCAUGGCUUCCAUUGAGCACCUCAACAACUCGGGCGACGGCAAAGAAGGCACCGGCACAGAUGCGCGCAGCCUCAAUGCCAAGGUCAAGGCCAGGAACUUGGACCAGCAGACGCUGGCGGAUCAACUGAUGUUCAUUAUAACGACUUUGCGUGGCAUCACGGCCAGAGACUCAUCGGCCAACUUGCUUGCCUGGAAGUAGACGACGUUUUGUUUCAAGUUUGAGUCUUAUCUGUAUUUGUAGCAUUCUUGUUGUCUUCUCUUUCUUCUCUUCUUCUUGUUCCUCUUCAUUUUCCGCGGAAUAUCAUUGCGCAGCGUUACUACCCCCUGUAGAGUUGGUAUACCCGUCGUGUUAGGUAGUGGCAAAGGCCGAGACGUCGCACCGGUUUCGGGAGUGGCAUGGUCUGCUGUGAGAAAAGGCUAAUAUACCUAGUUUUUAAUAUAUGUCUUACGGUCGUCGAAAUAGGAUUACUGGGCAGAGU